AUGUCCUCAUCUAGUGGACAUUCACUUAAUAUAUCUGAACAACAGAAAACAGUGUAUAUGUCGGAGGAUAAUCCGGGUCCGAUUACAAUGUCAAAUAAUACUACUUGUAUUACUAAUCAUGAAGUAUCGAAAGAACAACAAAUUGUUUAUGGUACAGCUCCAGUGUUAUAUCAACCGUACAGAAUGCCUCAAGCUUAUGGGUGUGCUCAACCUACAGCAAACAGUCAAAUUGUUAAUCAAUAUUCUCCAAGUCAUAUAGUAAAUCAACAACAAUAUUAUCAACAACAAGUACCAUUAAAUAAUAACGCUCCAUCUGCUUAUGUGCAACAAGCGAUGAUACAUUCCAACAUGUAUCCACAACAAGCUCCAGUGUCUUCUUAUCAUCCGGGUGUUAAUACCAAUGUUCUGUUUUCGUCAUCAAUGACUAAUCCUAAUAUUUCAUCAACACCAAUAUCGGCUAAUACCAAGAGAGGUCGUAAUGAUACGAGUGGUGUUUCGGAAUCUAAUGGGCAAGAAAGACCGCAACAUUAUCAAACAACUCGUAUUUCGAAUGCUCGUAAUACACCUUACAAGCGUCACCGUGGAUUUAAUCAGCAGCAAAAAGAAAGUUGGCAACAAAAUCAGUACACUCAUGGUAGGGAAGAACAAAGUACUUAUGAUAUUACAGCAGGAAGAAACAUCGCAGAAUUAACAUACGACAAUCAACAACCUUCAAUGGCAGCUCUUCGAUAUGCUACAUCACGUUUUCCGUUCUCACCGUUCUCGAUAAUCUUCUCGCAACAAGCUCGUGAAAAAAUCGUCAUUGACGAUCUAAUUAAACAUGCAAACGAUAAUUGUCAUUUUGAGUUGAAAACUGUUGCCUAUCGACGUGGUCGCUCGGAAAAUAAUGAGUGUCGAAUUCUUAUUUUCGUCGAGAACAGCGAAUCUUUUUCGUUCCUAUACGAACGUAAUAGCUGGCCUACAACACUUGCCGGACAAGAAUUUACAACAAAAAGUCCAUCAAUUCCUCCACAGCUAUCGUUGGUUAUUCCUGCUGUCUCAUUACAAAUUGAAUGGGAGGAUUUCGUACAUGAACUAAAAGAAAAAUUCCCGGGCAUAGCUGACAUUAUACGUUUAAAAAAUAAAGCACAACAACCAGUACGAGCAGUUAAACUAGAAUUCUUAUCGGCGAAAGUUCGCAACGAAAUAUUAGAUGCUAAUGAAAUCUCGGUCAUGCAUUUGAAACUAAAAGUGGUCGAGUUUUUUACACAUGCUAAUGUAUUGAUUUGCUCAAAUUGUUACGGAAUAGGACAUUUAAGAAAGAAUUGUCCUCAGAAGAAUGAAUCAACAUGUAAAACCUGUGGAGAAAAAUAUGUAAACUUAAAGGAUCAUCAAUGUUCUGGCGUAUUAAAAUGUGUUCAUUGUGGUGGACCACACAUUUCAAACGAUGCAAAAUGUAAAGUAGUAAAGGACUAUCGAGUUGCUCUCACUCGUAAUCUUCUUUCAAAAUUAGAUCCAGCAAACACAGAAAAUCCUAGAAAUGGUCUUAUUCAUAGCGGUAUUAUCUCGUCUGCUAGGACAACUAAUGGUGAAUCUUCCGCCAACAUGGUUAAAACGAUGUCAUCAAAUGCAAAUGAAGUAGUCUUAAAAAAACUAGAUAGUGUCUUAACAAAAGUGGAAGAAGAAUCCAAUAUAACCCGUCAAUCUUUAGAAGAAUUUAAACAAGAAAUAAGAAACAGCUACAAUGAAACGAAACAACAAGUUAUAGUAUUAGAAGAAAAGGUGAAGGAAAUGGAGAAGAAAAUUGUGGAUUUCUCUGGACGGAUUGAUCAAGCUAAAACUACGCUUUCUUCAAAUGAUUUUUGCUUACUUAAGGAUAUUAUCGAUGAGUGGCAUGCGGCUUCUUCUCUCAAUUUAUUGGAACUCAAAUGGAAACAAAAUCAAAGAAAAAAUGAACGACACGGAUAUUUCUCUUCUUCUUUAAAUAUUCUUUGCUUCAACGUUCGUGGUCUCGAUCUACGCUGGGGAGAAGUCUGUCUAUUGGUCAAACAACAUCUUUCCGAUAUCAUAGUCUUAGGCGAAGUAGGACGUGUUGAUAUCGCCCUAAUAAAUGCUGCACUAUCUAACCAUAAUGUAUUUUAUCAAUGUGGUGAAAAUGCACAUGGUGGUGUGCUUGUCAUGGUAUGUAAAGAUAUUUCAGCCGUUAGAGUAUCCUGUUCAUUACCAAACAUAUGUGCACUCGAUCUUCAAUUCGACCAGACAAUUAGACUAAUAGCUAUGUAUGCUCCAGAGAGUAAAUCAUGGAAUUGGUCCGACCUCACUCCAUUAGUUACCAACUGUUGUAUGAUUCUGGGUGAUUUUAAUAUUGAUAUUGAACAAGAUGGUGAAAAAGUUGAUAGACUUCUCGAGUGGAUGGAUUCAUGUUGCCUUGGGCCGGUAGUUCCUGACUCCAAUACUUCACUUCGUUCGGAUCGAACUAUUGAUUAUGCUGCUACAAUCGGUGUGGAUCUAACAAUUCAAGCUUAUGAAGGUGAGACCACUAGUGAUCAUAAACCUCUUUUAGGUGUACUGGUUGGGGACAAAACCUCCACAGACGAAGGAUCCAGAACAAUAUGGCCGGUUUUUACUCUAAUGUUAUCUUACAUAUUUGAUUAUUGGGAAAAAGAAUGGAACACAGAGUCGCAUGAUAUAAUUUAUGAGAGGUUUAUCUCUUUUCUUAUAUUACUCAAGACCAGAUGUCAACAACAUUUUUCGCUUAAUCAUGCUAGACCAUCUAUUCCACCGAACCUGGUGAAACUACUUCCUCAGAGCCGCUCGUUAUCGUUCAAAGCUAAGCGAAAAGGUGAUAUUGAACUACGAAAAGAGGCUCAUCGUCUACGAAAUUUUGCACGCUUCGAGUUAAAAAAACUUCCAAAAGGAACAAUUAGCCAAACAGUUAAAAGAAAGGCAUCUUCCAGGUGA